AUGGCGAUUGCGGAGAUAGAGGGGUUCCUAAAGGAAUGCGAGAGGUCGGGAGACGCCGCCUACGCCGCUUUCAAGUCGCUGUUGGAGAGGCUCGAUGAUCCCGUCACCAGAUCCGAUGCCAGGGUGUUCCUCGCCGAGCUACAGAGCCGUUUCGGCACCAAGGAGUCGGGGGAUCACUGCUUCCGAGUCUAUCACUUCCGAAUUCACGACAUUUUUCUCACCGACUACGAAGGUCGGCCACUCUCUUCUCCUUCGACGUCUAUGAUCGCUUGCAGUCUCGGUCAACUUGAUCGUACGAUAUCUCUGCUAUCUUUUUUGACGUGUCUCAUUCUGUGCUUAAUCGAAUCGCGAAGUUGUAUUUUUUUUUCUUUUUGUGAACAAUCCCCUGGUUCUCUAUCGUACUCUGCCGAUCAACUGCACAUGCUCGGAGAGCUUGUGAUUCGGUUUCUCGUACUAUUCCGGUCUUGACUUUAAACAGGCAUCGAUAUUGAUUCUAAAUUGUUCGCCAGCGUAUGGUGUCAUUUAGGGUUUCACAGACUACUCGCUCAUAGACUCGCUCGUUUUCCUUGUGGACGUUUUUUUUUUCGCAAUCAUUUACAUCAGUUCUGUUUUUUAUUCGUUAAUGGAUGAUCGUCUUUUGCAGAAAUCUGACGUGGCAAUAUUGUUUUAUUCAGUAGCAUCAUAUAAUUAUAUCGUUGUUGAUUUUUUUCCUAAAUAAUUUCAAAAACAUUCCGCAUCACAUGAACAGAUCCUUUUUCGUUUCAAUAGGGUUAUGCAACUUGCCUGCAACCUUUUUAUUCGUUUCUUUGAAUCUUUAUGACAAACUGGUACAUUUGAGUCAAGAAAGGUAUCCAUCGAUUCUUGUUGAUCAAAGUUUAUUAUUCCAUUGUAUCAUCAUGAGGAAAUGCAUAUUGGCAUAAUGUUAGGCAGCCUGUCUGGGAUGAAAUACGAAAGCUACGUUAUGAGAUACAAUACAUUAUCUUUUCGUAUGAAGAUUUCUGGCAAUGUUAUGAAAUUUAAUGAGCCGAGUAAUUUCACUUAUUAGAUCGUGUUUUUAAAAUGGUGAUUGCUCCCCAAUUCUGUACUUGUGAUAUUGCUUUUCUCUGAAAAUUUCAUUAGUUUUAUAUCUUAAAUUCGCCACACGAAAAUCAUUGCAUUUGAAGCAUCUUGAUUCGUGUUCCCUCUUCCUUUAGUAACUUGCAUUAAGUUUGCGGUAUUAACUAAUGAAUGAUCUUCGACUCGCAAACUUCUGAAAUGAAGAUUCCUUCAUCCUGUCAUUGAGACCACAAUACGAUUCUAGGAACGAACUUACUAGAUAAGACCCGCCUAAAAUACCCUUUGUUAGCCAUAAAAUGUGAACACGCCUUGCCUUAUACGGAAUCUAUCUAAAAUGAGCCGUUAAAUAUGAGUAUCACUCAUUCUUAACUCUUGAUAGCCUUGCCAUGUGAUCUGAUCUAAGAGCUUGAUCUAUGGUAGUAGUUUUCCAUUGAAGCUUCACUAGUUUAUAUCCUAAAAUUUUGGUGACCAGCUCCGCAUCAUCUGAGAUGUCGCAGUCCUUGAUAUUCAUCGCUUCACAAAGCGAUAUUCGUACUCGUGGCAACUCUUUUAAAAAGAAUUGGACACUCUUUUAUCCCUAGUGGUUCCUGGGAAAGCUGUAGAGGAAAUAAUAAUUAUUACAGCUUGGAAUUGGGGAAAAGAAUUUUUCCCCCAUACCUUAGUAAUUGGUGGAUAAUUGCGAGGAUCAUAAUGCUUCUUGAAAAGAAGAUUAUUGAACAUUUGAGCUUAAUCAUGGAAUACUGAUAAGUUCUUGAUGCCCUCAAUGGAGAAUCACCAUCUAGAGAGUCUAGUUUUAUUUCUUUCCACUUAGACAGGUAUCAAACAAGUUUUUCUCUUUUUCUGAGAUUUUAUUAUAAUUAUCUUCAUCUUCUGCAUAUUUAUUGAUUAUGAUAUUUAUUCAGAUGAUCAAUAUUUCAGUGAAAUAUUUAUAUUUUUUGUUUUAACUGCAACUUUUAUGCAACGUUAUUUCUAUUUACAUGGCUACAAGAUUUUUAUCAGACAUGAUGCGUAGAUUAGCUAGUUUGACGGACAUAUUAUUUCUUUCAGGGUAUAGUAAAAGAAAGAAACUGACUAUGUUGGAGAUUCCUAGCAUUUUCAUUCCAGAAGACUGGUCUUUCACUUUUUAUGAAGGAAUAAAUAGGCAUCCUGAUUCUAUUUUCAAGGAUAAGACAGUGGUUGAGCUCGGUUGCGGAAAUGGAUGGAUAUCGAUUGCACUUGCUGAGAAGUGGUUACCAUUAAAGGUCUGUUUCACUUACUUGGGGCAACAUUUUAAAGGCAACAUGUCUUCUCAUUCUCGGUGUGGGUACUCUUCUCAGGAAUUGCUGGCAAUCGAGAGCCAUGUUCUGUCCAAUUGAUGGCAUUCCAUUUCUCUUCCAGUAGUUUGUUGUGUGUUUUGUUUUUUAAUAUUAAUGCAGAAAUUGUGCUGUUUCUUGUCAUUUUUCUUCUUGAAGUAUUCAGAUCACUAAGCUGCUAGGUUUCCGGUUUGUGGCAGGUAUAUGGUCUUGAUAUAAAUCCAAGAGCAGUCAAAGUUGCGUGGAUAAAUCUAUAUCUAAAUGCUUUAGAUGAGAGUGGUCAUGGUAUCUAUGAUCAAGAGAAAAAAACUUUACUUGACCGCGUGGAGUUCCAUGAGUCUGAUCUUCUUGCAUAUUGCAGAGACAAUAAUAUGGAACUUGACCGCAUAGUUGGAUGCAUACCUCAGGUAUCACAAAACAUAUAAUUUAGAAAACAUGAUUUCUUUUUGAGAAUUUGGUCUUCUAGUAUAUGAAAAUAAAAGGUAGAAAAAGAAACCUGACAUCAGGUUUUACCAUUCUAACAUUUUAUCGCUAUCCUGAUUGCCUUUUGUUUUCCUUUCUUCAGAUUCUAAACCCAAAUCCCGAGGCGAUGUCAAAAAUAAUAACUGAAAAUGCAAGCGAGGAGUUCUUACAUUCAUUGAGUAACUACUGUGCGUUACAGGUUACAAUCUCUCUCACCCACUCACUCAACCUCCUCCCUCCACCCCCUUCUGGGAAAAUUCACACAGAUUUUUACUUUUUUUCACAAACUCUUGCACAAGUUUUAUUCCCUCUUUCUAAAAGGGGUUUCUUUGUUUUUUUUUUCUCGAAACUGAUGGGAAUAUCUUUGGAUAAUUGAAUAUAUUUUCUCUUAUGCGGAAUUUGUUUGCAUCAUUCGUUCUAGACCCACGCCUUUGAUUGAUCUUGGAAAUUAUGACUAUGACAGAAAAUCAAAAUUUCUUUUUUCCAACGGGUUUCUGAGAUCCAAUCUUGUUCACAAUUAAAUAAAACUGAAACAAGCAUAUUUUAUUUCAUCAACAACAAAUAAUUUAUGGUUUUUCUCUAGACUGUUUCGUGGUACUUUUACAAUAGCGUGCUUGUUUUGGUUCAAAUAUUUCUCAUUUAUUUUCACAUGUAAGAAUCAGUAUCAUGCUCUUCCUCAACGGGCCUCCAUUAGGAUUAGUUUAUGAAAUACAGUCCAUUGAUCAAGCCAUCCGGAGAUCCAUUUUGUACGGACUGAAACAUAUUUCCGGUAGUUUCCUACCUGCUGAAAAAACAUCUCUUCGUUCUUCGAACCAAUUACUGUGAAUAUUUCAGUCUUAUCUUGACUCGUUUUAGUUAAUUCGAUUCAGGGAUUCGUUGAAGACCAGUUUGGCUUGGGUCUCAUUGCCAGAGCAGUCGAGGAAGGUAUUUCUGUCAUCAAACCCACGGGUUUCAUGAUUUUCAAUAUCGGAGGUCGCCCUGGGCAAGGUGUCUGCAGGCGCUUGUUCGAGCGCCGUGGAUUCCGCAUCACAAAGCUUUGGCAAACCAAAGUUCUUCAGGUUCCCAGAACCAUCAUCCUCUUUCAUCCUUUUGCAUAAAACGAAAAUAGCAAGCAAUUAACUGAUCCCUGAUCACCCCAUCCAGCCAUGUCCGAUUGCUAAUCAGUUUAUCGGUCAAAUUCUUCAUUUGGCAACCUCAUCCCUCACAGAUAAAUAUAGGCCUUCUUGUGCUUGGAGAUAAAUAUAGAAACAUUUUCUCUCUGCAGGCUGCUGAUACGGAUAUUUCCGCCCUGGUUGAAAUCGAGAAGAACAGCCCCCAUCGGUUCGAGUUCUUCAUGGGCCUCGUCGGCGACCAGCCCAUCUGUGCCCGCACCGCCCUGGCCUAUGGGAAAUCAGGUGGCCGUAUCUCGCACGCUCUGUCGGUGUACAGUUGCCAACUCCGGCAUCCCAAUCAGGUCACAACUCGUUCCCACACUUGUCUCACGCUUCAUCUGCUGACGUCAACAGGAUCCGCUGACUUUCUUGAGAACGAUGAAUUCCGCAGGUGAAGGUCAUAUUUGACUUCCUCAAGAAUGGCUUCCAAGAAAUCAGCAGCUCCUUGGAUCUGUCCUUCGACGACGACGCCGUGGCGGACGAGAAGAUCCCAUUCCUGGCCUACCUCGCCAGCGUCCUGAAAAGUAACUCGUUCUUCCCUCUCGAGCCACCCGCCGGAAGUAUCCGUUUCCGGAAUCUCAUCGCCGGGUUUAUGAAGAUCUACCACCACAUUCCGCUGACCACUGAGGUGAGAGAAUCUCCCUCUUCUGAAAAGAGCAGACGUACGAAUACAGAGUUUUCAGCUGCUAUUGAUGCCUUCUCCUUCUCCUGCACCAGAAUGUCAUCGUGUUCCCAUCAAGGGCCGUGGCGAUUGAGAAUGCUCUCCGGCUCUUUUCACCGCAACUGGCAAUCGUCGACGAGAAUUUGACGAGGCAACUGCCCAAGCAGUGGUUGACUUCUUUGGGUAUCGAGGUUGGCUCUCUCUCUCUCUCUCUCCCCUCCGUUCUUCACCCGCUGGUGACAAGUUCUCCUUGAUGGUUUGGUAAUCCGUGGUAUGAUCAAUAAGUUGAAUAAAAAUCGAUGCUUUCCAUCAUGGUUAGAGAAUUUUAUUUUUUUUCAGUGGAUAGAACACUCUGACGGGUGGGUCUCUCGUCUUCUUCUGACAGGGGACGACGGCGGAGGAUGUAGUGACAGUGAUCGAGGCCCCGCGGCAGUCGGAUCUGAUGAUCGAGCUGAUAAAGAGGCUGAGGCCGCAGGUGGUGGUGACGGGCAUCGCUCCCUUCGAGGCCAUCACGAGCUCCGCUUUCGAGCACCUGCUGGCCGCCACCCGGGAGGUCGGCUCUCGCCUCCUCCUGGACAUAUCGGACCAUCUCGAGCUCUCCAGCCUGCCCGCCUCCAACGGGGUCCUCAAGUACCUUGCCGGCAACGUUCUCCCCUCCCACGCCGCCAUCCUCUGCGGUCUCGUCAAGAACCAGGUACAAACUCACCUCUUCCCAGAAUGGAAUGAGGCAGCUCGCCGUUGUCCUUAUCGGCCAAUGCCGUCACUGUUUUUUUGUCUGAAAGUCUCGUAUUUCAGGUGUAUUCGGAUCUGGAGGUGGCGUUCGUCAUCUGCGAGGAGCAGUCCAUCGUCAACGCGCUAUCGAGGACGGUUGAGCUGCUGGAGGGCCACACCCCCGUCUUCAGCCAGUACUACUACGGCUGCCUCGUCCACGAGCUCUUGGCAUUCCAGAUCCCCAACCGCCGCCCGCCGACGCAGGUCAGUUCUUCUCUUUCCUAGUAACACGAAUAAUUCAGACAAAGGAACGUCCCUGUCCCUGUCUCUGUCUGUCUGUCUGUCUCUCUCUCUCUCUCUCUCUCUCUCUCUCUCUCUCUCUCUCUCUAGAGAGAGAGAGAGACAGAGAGACAGAGACAGAGAGACAGAGAAAUGAUUUUUCUGUAAAAAAAGGAACACCAUUUCCAGAUGCCCUGCGGUUCCUCAAUCCCCCACUGCAUGUUUUUGAUGAUGCAGAGGAAGCCCGCGGCGGAUCGCAGCCCCAGCAAGGUGAUCGGCUUCGCGAGAGCCGCCGCCGCCGCCUUCGGCGUGGCGGAGCUCUUCAUGAGCUCCCCGCCGGCGGCGAUCAACAUGGACGUGGACCAGAGCUUCCUGCCGAUCCCCUCCACCGUCAAGGCCUCCAUCUUCGAGGGCUUUGCCAGGCAGAACAUGGCCGACUCCGAGACCGACGUCCUCCCUUCCAUCCACCAGCACCUUCUCCGCACCCUCGGCCUCCCCACCGGCGGCGGGGCCGCCUCCUCCGAGCUCUUCUUCUACGGGAACUCCCCACUCGGCCUCUUCUCCAAGCUUGUCCUCUGCUGCAUCCAGGAGGGCGGCACCCUCUGCUUCCCCACCGGCGCCAACGGCAACUACGUCUCCGCCGCGAAUUUCCUCAAGUCCGCCACCGCCACCAUCCACACCCGCCGCGAGGACGAUUUCAAGCUCACCGCCGCCGCCCUCGCCGCCGCUCUCCCCUCCAUCUCCAACCCCUGGGUCUACCUCUCCGCGCCCACCGCCGCCCCCACGGGCGCCCUCUACGGCCACCAGGAAAUCCAAUCGCUGCUCGCCGCCUGCGCCGCCGCCGGCGCCCGCGUCGUCCUCGACACCUCCUUCUCCGGCCUGGAGUUCGCCGGAGAAGACGAUGACCACUGGGAGCUGGGGAGCUGCCCCGCCCUCUUCGCCGUCCUUGGAGGGUUCUCCUACCACCUGCUCACCGGGGGGCUCGACUUAGGCUUUCUCCUCGUGAACGACCCCGCCAUGGCGGAGGCCUUGCGCAGCUUCCAGGGCCUGAGCAGGCCCCACGGCACCGUCAGAUACGCCCUCAAGAAACUCCUCGCCCUCAAGGCCCAGCCCUCCAGCCACUUGCACGCGGCGCUCCGCCACCACAAGCAGAUCCUCGCCGACCGCUCCCGCCGCCUCUCCGAGGUCCUCUUCUUCCCUCCUGGCCCGCUGCGUUUCACUGACUUCAUUCGAUUGAUUUUCUUUCCCUCUUCGCAGACGCUGAGGGCGUGCGGGUGGGAGGUGGUGGGGUGCGGCGGGGGGACGUCGCUGGUGGCGCGGCUGCCGCCGGCGUACGUGGGGAAGGUGAUGGUGGAGGGAUCGGCGGUGACGGUGGCGGUGGAGGAGGACGGUAACAACAUGAGGGAGGUGCUCGUGAGGGCCACGGGGCUGUGCAUCAACAGCGGCUCCUGGACAGGCAUCCCCGGCUACUGCCGCUUCUCCUUCGCCCUCCCCGACGACCUCUUCGACCAGGCCCUUCACUCCAUCCGCCGCUUCCACCAACUCCUCCUCACCUCCGCCAUAGCCUCCCAUUCGACAACUACAUAG